CUUAAGUGACUAUUCAAAUUUUCUUGUCGGAGAAAAGUUUAGAACAUUACAAAUCGGGAAUGUUACACUUUACUUAAACCGAUUAUAAAGGUAAAAUAAUUAAGAGGAUUGUUUUGUUAAAAAAUGCAAUAGUUCGAGGAUUUAAUUGCUCAGAAAAACUUAUGUGGGACUUAUGCGUUAAAAUUUCAUAGUAAAGUGACUGAAUUAUCUAUUACUUUACUCCUUAACAAAUUAACAAUGGGUUAACCUAGCUGCUAUAUACACCCAUUUCAAUUUCAUUGCGACAAGAGGUUGCCGCCGUAGUAUUCCCACACUCCAAAACAUAGACCGCCGUUGUAGCAGAGACUGGCAAGCAAAUAGGAGAGAGAUAUGGGAAGCGGUAAAGCCGGCAAACCCUCCAAAUCUCGCAGAAACCCUAAUAAGCUUGGUAUCAGAAAGAAGAGAAGCAACCAUGAAAGCAGUACGAAGAUAACCCAGAAGAUGAAGAAGACAAAUAAACGGCAGCAGCACGACAUUCCCACUGACACAGUCGAAGAACAACAACUACCCAAUGUCGACGAGCUUCCUUCCACCGCUCCCCGCCACUGGAUUUCUUUCGGAGCGAGUUCCAGUCGGCUAAUGGCAUUCAGCUUUCGUCUCUCGAGCUGGAAUCGAUUAACGGCAGAGGAAUGUUUUGUGGAGCUAUCUGAUGAACCGCCGCAUGGUGUUGAGCCUCUAGGGAGAGUGGAUGGCAAGAUUGAAGCGGGGAAUCCUGCUGUGCUUUUCAUUUCUGCAUCUGCAUUGAGAGCAAUAGAACUUCUAAGGGAUGUGCGGUCAUUGACGAAAGAAUGCCAUGCUGGGAAGCUGUUCUCGAAGCACAUGAAAGUUGAGGAGCAGGUUGCCAUCUUAAAGAAUCGUGUUAAUUUUGCUAGUGGUACACCGAGCAGAAUAAAGAAAUUGAUCGACAUUGAAGCAAUUGGGGUUUCGCGGUUGAAAGUUGUCGUGCUGGAUUUGCAACAAGAUGUGAAGGGCUAUUUAUUCCUUGCUCUCACUUCCACAAGUGAGAGACGAGUUCUGGGAUUUGUACAAUGGCCACAUACACCCACGACUGCUUCAAGGUGAUCUACGCUUGUGUCUCCUCGGUUCAAUACCAACCAAGUUGAAUGAUAAGAAAAGAAGGCAAAAUGAAUGAAACUACAGUGACAUAUAUAAUACCUGUUGGGUAUCGAUUCUGAGCAGAGUCUUAAGAAUUUGAAGAAGGAUGCAGACUCGAUACUUCAUUAAGCUCAGUGGCAAAGGGGGAGCUGCUGAUCCUUGCCGGUGUUCCAGAAAUGAGUUACCCUUCAUGCUUUUUCUGCCGCAUAGCUGUAUGAAACUCGGGAUAUGGUGUACGGAAGAGUUCGAUAUGACAGAUUACAACAGGAAGCAUACUGCGCUAAGAGCUGAUGUUGUGGAAAUUUUUGGGUCCCUGCAGUUUUGUCCUUUUAAGAGUUCUGUUUACUACCUGUAAUAUCAACAGCUUUUACACCAGAGGAGUUCAAUGUCUGAUUUGAUCUACUGAUGAGUUCAUUGACCGAUUUUGGCAUUUCAAACCAGGGUAGAGUUUCGUGAAGUAAGAAAAAGGGCCUACAAUCUUAAUCCCAGAAAAUAAGAACACAGUUCAGGC